GUGAGAGAUGAGGUAUAUAUAUAGCAGAUAGUGAAGACAUGGAGGUACACAGUUCACGUAUUACCUGAUCAACAUGAACGCUAAGAUCCUCUUCCUGCUGGGUGUGGUGACCCUGGUUGCUGCUGAUAGGCGCCCCCGUCCCUCCUACUCAGCUCCUCGGGACUUCUCAGAGGAAUCGUAUGAGUCAAGUGAGGCUCAGUACAACUUCAACUGGGCCGUCGACCACGACCCUUCAAGCAAUGAGUUCGGUCACCAGGAGACCCGCGACGGUGACGACACCCAGGGGUCGUACUACGUGCAGCUUCCCGACGGUCGUCGUCAGACUGUGACGUUCUACGUGGACGGUGACUCAGGCUACCUGGCCGAUGUCAAAUACGACGGAGAGGCUCGCUAUUCUGACGAAUCUUCCUCCUUCGAAUCCUUCGAGUACGCUCCCCGCAGGCCAGUGUACGGCUAGUCCUCCUGCCUCGCCGUACAAGCUGCUGUCCGUGUCUUAAGUACACGGUUCUCUUCCACGUCAUCUUGAUCUCCAGAUCAUAAAUAAACUUGGAAGUUUUCUUACCUCUACAAAUAUGUCCAGGAAUCUACUCGUAUAUCCCUGUACGACCUUUCGUCUCUUUAUUCCACCCAGUCACUAUGACUGUAUUAAUCUAUUUAUUGAAUCAAUAUCUUAUUGUGAUUAUUUAUUCUAAAUUCAAUCUAUUUUGAGAAUAUAAUUAAAUAUAUUUACUUGA